AUGGAAGGGGGUGCUAUCGACGCCCACUUUCACCGGGCGGUCGAUAUUGUCCAAGGAUUGCCGAAGGGCGGUCCUGUCCAGACGAGCUAUGAGGAGAAGCUAUGGCUGUACUCGCUAUACAAGCAGGCGACUGAGGGGGAUAUCACCGUUGCAAGACCAGGAAUGCUAGAUAUGCUUGGGCGGUCCAAGUGGGACUCGUGGAACAAGCAAAAAGGCAAACGGAAGGACUCGGCCAAGCAAGAAUACAUCUCGGCCCUGCUCAAGGCUCGUCCUCUAAUCCUGAAGAAACACGCCGACCGCCCAGCCUGCGCUGCCCAUAUUGCCGAGCUCGAACCAAAGUCUUCCAAGCAUACCCGCCGGCCCCGAGCGCGUUCGACAUCCUCAUCCUCCUCUUCGUCGUCAUACCACUCCUCCCAGGCUUCUCCUCCUCCUUCACCACCGCGGUACAGCUCUUACCCCCCUCCGGACCCUUCUUUACCCGUACCGGACGUCGCGCCGCACAUCGUGCCCCCAUCAGCGCUGACAUCGAGUCACAAGUCCCUUCUGAGCCUGGCGCAAGCACGGAGUCCGCCUUCCGGGUUGGAAGCGCCUGCCGCUAGCGAAGCUGGAAACUCGCGCUCCGGGCGCGUGUCGGGACGGGGAGUAUUGCCUUAUACUGCAGCUUCUGGGUCUAGAGCGCACAGCCUUAUAGGUGGACAAGGAGGGAGUUCGGAUAUGCCAUUCGCGUAUGGCCGGACCAACUCGGUCCAUUCCUUCCGACCUCGGCAGGGUCAAAGUUCGACCGCCGGACUUGGCUUUAUGCCUCCUCCUGCAGAACCAGGAGAGUACCUCACUCCCCAAGUCAUCCAGCGGGACUUUACGCCCGCACUCACAUCCACCGGAACCCCUUAUCUCGACAUGCACCAUCCCACACCCAUCUAUCCCAGCAACCCCCAUCGGCGGAUCGGGACCCCUUCGACCUACUCUGCGCCGCCCAUCAAUGUCCCUGCUACCCUGCAACAAAUCCAGACAUCCCUCCUUGCUAUCAGUGAGCGGAUGAAUCAUCUCGAGCGGAGCCAGGCGAUGAUUCUGCGCAGGGACGAGAGGAAGCGGACGUGGUUUUGGACAAGUAGGGAUGAGGAUGAUUUAGACGAGGCGGAGGAUGAGGCAGAGAGGGAAAGAUUGGCGAGGAGAGGUGCAGGGCCAGAAGUGAGGACGGCGGUCAGCCAGAGGAAGAGGAGAAGGUGGAGUUUGAGGCUGGUGUGGUGGUUGCUGGGAUUGGGAAGAAGGCUGGCGGUAGAUGCGGGAGUGGGGCUACUCGUGGGGAUAGCGGCGAUGAUGAUUGUCCGGGGAUGGAGGGGAGAUAUGGGUCGGAGGGUCAGAACGACAUUACGAGGUUUACUGGAGGGUGUAUAG